AGAGAGAGAGAAGGAAUCAACACUAAAAUGCUGGGACCCGUUCACAUAAGACCCCCGGACCCCAGUCCUUUCCUGGGUAUGAAGCGCAACACUUCAGUUAAACGGAGAAACGUCUCCUCGGAGCUGCAGUCCCGAUCCAUGUCACGCAGGAAAGGGAAGGAGAAGGACAGCGUCCUGGGGUUCGAGGUCCAUCGAUGUCUACACUGGCAGAACUGGGAGCUGGGGAAGGAGUACACCAAACACCUCCUUCUGAAGAAUGUCCGCCUGAGGACACAGAAGGUGAAGUUCAGCCCUCCGGCCAACACCUUCUUCAGCACAAUGUUCCCCCAGAUGGUGACACUGAGUGCCGGGACUUCAUUCUCCCUCCCCAUCACCUUCCGAGCCCUGGAGAAGCGUGAUUAUGAAGACUCAAUCGCUUUCGAGACAGAUGAAGGGAUUUUUUCCGUCUCCUUGCAAGCUACUCUCCCACGCCACGCACUCACCUUUCCAGGGGAGCUGACCUUACCUAUGUGUGCUGUGUUUGACUCCUCAGAGGCCAAGUUUAUCUUGCAGAGUACAUGUGACUUGCAGACCCAGUUCCGAUGGGACGUCCCGGGCCCUUUCCUUCUGAUCCCACAAAGCGGCGUGCUCGACCCCAGAUGUCAGAUCCGCACCAAGGUCUUAUUCCAGCCGCAGAUUGCACUUGUACACAAUGUGAUCGCCACAUGUCACUUUGGCCUGAACGAGGAAUAUAACAAAAGCAUACAGCUGACUGCAAUCGCCAAGUACCCCCAUCUCUUGGUAUCUGUUCCGGGAGAGACAGGUGAGGAUGCCUUAGAAGUGGGACCAGUUCUGCAGUUCGGCUGCAUUGGAGUGGGCAUGACGUCUGAGAAAAGUAUUGAAAUCUGCAACCUGUCAGUGGUGGAUGCUCCUUUCCGUAUCGAGAGGGAGAAGAGGCCAGCCCACAUGGACUGUCGUUUUUCUUGCGACAUUUCAAGCGCUGUAGUACCAGCCCAGGGCAAACUGAGAGUUCCCCUGCUGUUUAGUCCACAUAUAGUGGGCAUGGAAAGUGUGGAUUACUUCCAUGUCAUUCCAGCUGGGAAUCUCACAAAGUCUGUUCUAAAGGUUUCUGGAACUUGUAAAGGACCCCAUGUGUCUCUUCAGACUUCGGUUCUAAAUUUCGGUUUGGUGAAUUUGGGGGAAAAGAUCCUGCGUACCCUGGAAAUCACAAAUUCCUCAGAUGUCCCGGCACUCUUCCAGUUUGAUAUUGAUACCAGCGAAAGCGUUUUUUGCUUUGACCGGUCAUUUGGAACGCUGGGCCCCGGAGAGACUCAGAGUUUGAAGAUCACCUUCUCUCCAGUUCACCCAAUUCCUCAUAAUCGGAGAGUCGCUUGCCUCCUCCACCACCAGGAUCCUCUGUUUGUGGACUUGAUUGGCACUUGUCACUCGGACACGGAUAAGCCGGUCAUUGUGCUUCCUAAGCAUCUACACCUUUACAGAACAAACAUGGCACGGGGGCUGACAAUCUACCCACCGGAUAUCCUGGACGCCAUGAUAGAGGAAAGGAACCUAAGCAAGGAUAGUGACGGGGCUCUGGUUCUUCAGGAACAGCUUGAGGGCACUCCGGAGAAACAUCCUCUUCCUGAUGCUGCGUCUGAAUACUUCAAUGAUGACUUCAGCCAUGAGGACUCCACAUUGUUAUCACAUAUUACAGCCAGCACCAGAGACUUUGAUUUUGGUCGAUGUGUGGGACGCACACAAGAAAUGCUUCCCGAACCUCUUCCUCUGUCCUUGACCAAUCGCACUAAGGGGAAAGUGACUGUCAUGUGGACCUGCAAACCUCACAGCCCAUUCCGGGUCACCCCAGAAGUCACCGACAUCCCACCGCUGAAGUCCACGGCCUUCAGAGUGGUCUUCCAACCCUCACAGAUAAAUACUUUGUAUGAGGCGGAACUGGAGGGCUUCAUCUUCUACAAGGUUCUGCGGGAUUAUCGGAAUGUAAAAGACGCCACCGUCUGCCCCCCUUGGUGCAUUACCCUGCGGGUGAGAGGGCACACCUUUGAGUUAGGACAGGAGCACUUUGUACCCAGCUGUAUUCUGGAUUCUCCUCGCAUGGUUUUUCCGCCAGUGAGACAAGAUGAGCACACACAUCGCAGUUUGCUGAUAAAGAACACAGGCUCCAUGAUAAUGACUUAUGUCAUAGACCAGAAGAGUUGCCCCAAUGUCCGGGUGAAGCCAGACUCUGGUCACCUGGCACCCGGAUCUCAUCAAGUAUUGCUGGUAAGGACCAGCCCUCAAGAAACUGGACUGAUAAGGAAGACUCUACCACUGCAGCUCAAUUACAGUCCUGACUUCACUCAGGACAUUGUCCUGUUUUGUAGAGCUGAAACCCCUGAACUCGACCUAGAAAAGGAGGGAAGACUUUACUUUAAGCCGACCUAUGUGGGGACAGAGUCUGAGAGCUCCUACUCUGUGAAGAACUGCUGCAGAGUCCCGCUGCACUUUGAGUGGAAGAUUCCGCAUGCUGACCUAUCCCAUAUUUCAGUCAGUCCCUGCAACGGGAUUAUUAGACCAAAUGAGACCUUGUCACAGACUUGGUCAUUUGUUCCACAAGAUGAAAGAAAUUACUUUAUUAAAGCUACGGUACUGUCUUGGCCAGCUGAUGAAUCCUCCGAGCCGGUAUGGAGAAGUCGUUCCACCCUGCGUAUCACCGGAGAGGGCUGCAGGGGCUCAUUGUCAACUCAGCAAGAGCUCCUGGAUUUAGGCAACAUUUUGAUUGGCAGUUUCCAGUCACAUGAUCUGGUUCUAUCAAAUGAUGGGAACUGCACCCUGGAAUAUACACUGAGUGCCAAGCAGGAGAUUACCGGACCAUGUGACCCGGACGAGGUCAUUACCGACCCAAUAGCUCUAGAGUUUGAUCCUAGUAAAGGGAGGCUACCAGCCCGUACCAAGCUAAAGGUGAGAAUAACAGCCCGCCCGGCCCGCAGACUCUCCUAUACCUGGACAAUCAGCUAUUGCAUCCUCUCUCCAAAAGCUCUGGAUCCUGCAAACAGAAUCACAGGGGAGCAGUUUCUGUGCAGUGUGACAGCACAGGGAGUCUACCCGACAUUCACUGUGGUUGAUGCAUGUCCAGUGGGCAGUGCCAGCGCCCUUACCAAGACUCAGCUAUGGAGGCUUUUUUCACUGGAGAGACUUAACUCCUGUCUACAAAGUGACCCCACACCUCCAGAGCUAAUAUAUCGAGUUCCCACUAGACACAGCACUCGCACGUGUCCCCCUGUGAACACCCCAGUCUUGCUGGACUUCAACUUCGGAGCCGCCCCUGUGGGCUCAGAGCCAUUUGUGGCCGUUCUUUUGCUGGAGAAUAAUGGCGUAUUACCUGUAAAUUGGGACUUUUUAUACCCGGCGGACCAGCAGAUCGAGCUGGAGUUCUGGGCUGAGACUUGGGAGUUUGAUCCUAGCGAGAUCCACCAGAUGAGAAUACAGGACAACAAACUGUUUACAGUCAACCCAAAAUCGGGGUUGCUUAGACCUGGCCAGCAACAAACAGUUCAGCUGUCCUACAGACAUAACUUUGUUGGAACUGAUCGCUUGCCUGUCCUGCUGAAGGUAUCACAUGGGCGGGAGAUUCUGUUAAAUUUCAUUGGAGUGACAGUAGAAAAGGAACAGCGUUAUGUGCACUUCACAUCUACGAAGCAUCAAUUUACACCAGUGGCUAUCGGCAGCUCCAGUCCACCUAAACAGGUCUAUGAACUGUAUAAUGGGGGCUCUGUGGCAGUUAUCUAUGAGAUCCAGCUGGAACCACUGAGAGAAGUUCAGGAGCAGAAUUAUCAUCACCCCAUCUUCCAGUGCUUGAAUCCCAGAGGGGAGAUAUUACCAGGUGCAACUGCCUAUGUGGAAUGGAUCUUCUCACCGAUGGAGGCCAAAAGCUAUUCAGUAACUGUUCCUGUGCAUAUCUUAGGAGGAGACUCUGCUCUCAUUACCCUCGAAGGGAUUGGCUAUGAACGUAGUGUACUGGGGGAUACGGCUGUGUUUGGGGAUAUUUCCCCCAUAGCUGCCACUUCGAGGCUCUUACCCCCUAGACAGGUCCCUCGCUUGACUCAGCAGAAGUUGGCGUUUGGAGAUAUCCCCGUCUUCUCUAAGUCCAGCCAGUUGCUGUUUCUGAAUAACGCCUCUGAGAGUGAGGCCCUGCUCUUCACAUGGUAUGCCGGUUCCCCAAACGCCAGUGAGGUUCUUCAGGUCUUACCACUUUCGGGUACUGUGAAGCCGGGUGAGAGUGUUAAUGUGGUGGUUACCCUUCAGUCUGGAGAACAGGCGUCAUUCUACACUCUGGAGCUGGUGUGUGAGAUCUUCAUGGAGAAGGCCCUCGCUGAGUAUGAACGGGCUGUCAGAGACUGGGAGGAACAAGAGGAGCGGCAGAUGGUAGAAUUCACAAUUCAUGAACCAGCUUCUGAGAAGAGUUUUCAGAUGAGCUACCUGAAGUCCGGUGGUUCUGGAAGAAGCCAAAAUAAAAACCAGCUGACUGAGAUCAGAAGAUACAAGACUCUACCACCUAUCAAGAACGGUGACUAUGCCCGACCACCGGUCAGCCGAGACAGGGAGAGCCGCCGGGCGCAAAAAGAAAGUCCGAAAUUUCGAGCUCGGCCCGAGCCACCUCUGCCCAUCCAGCUUCACCUGUCAGUGACUGGCAGAUCCCACCACACACCGGAUUUUCUCAACCAAUUCCAGAACGACUUCCAGCGUCACUUCCAGCAGAGUUUGUACAGGUUACCCAAGAAGAAGAUGGAAAAGGCCGUUCCUGUGGCCCUUCAGCCAGAGACAGGAGAACCAGACAGACACCCUGGAAAACCCACCAAAGCAAUGCAAGAAAUGGCUACAGACAUCAUGGCGGCAGUAAUUAGGAAUCUCCUGGAUGAUAAGCAGUUUCACGAAGCGCUGGAGGAAAUACAGAACGAUCCUCUGCCCUACUUCAGCCAAUUUCGCAGCCAAGAAAUCUCCCCUGAAACUUCCAGCAUCCCAUUGGCUGAAGAACUAAGUUCAGAACACACGCCAUCCAAUGCCAUGACGGCAGAAGUAGAGGAGGAAGAGGACAAGUCAUCCAUGUCUCAGUUCAUAACGGUCCCAGAACACAGAAAGAGUGACGCAGAACAAACUGGUUUAGGACAAGAGGAACUGAAAGAAACAAUCAAAAGGGCUCCACUCUUCAGCCAGCUCGUAGAGUCUAUUCUGGAGAACACUCUACAGAACAUCGUAACUGAAGCCAAUCGAGGGGAAGUGGUGCUUACAACUCGUCCGCGUGUCAUCGCUCUGCCACCUGCCACCCCAAGGGGGAUCACACCGACCUCGUUCAGAACACCAUCUGUGGCACACAAUGUACCGGCCAAUUCAAUGACUCCAGAAGAUCCAGGACCUGCUCCACCCACAGAUAUUAAAUAGGGAACUCUGCGUCCGGCACGCGGUGUCAUAUGACAAGGUUACCUGGCAAGGUUCUCCAUCCUUCAUCAAAUUCACUACACAUUAUUUUAUUAAUAAAAAGGUUCUGCUUGUGUACCUGUA